AUGCUUCGGUCUCUCUUCCGUAGGCCGCCUAGCGUCCGCGUGCCCAUUCAGAAUGGUACCGUCGACUUGCAGAGGGUUGCGAUAACCCGAAGAACCAGUUCGAGUCCUGUUCUAUACCGGGUAUUCACGACGGUUGCGGUCACGUAUUUCGUAGCAAGCACAAUCAAUUACGUCUAUCCAGACAGUGCUCAUUCCUCCGAACGGUCGACAGGGACUGUUAAGAAUGGAGCGGGACCUUACGACCACACGAAAGUGUGGCGAGAAAAUUGGGAUAAGGCGGAAGCCACUGUAUCACAAAACGAGCCGGCAGUCAUACAUUUAAUGCUACCGAUAUGGAUUCGCAAGCAGGAGCCUGAGCCGUGGAAAGCGGACGACCCGACUUGGAAGUCAUUUCAAGCUCUGGCUGAUGACAAGAAGCGCUUGAAAGACAUCACAGCGACCAUCAAGAAAUCCCUGAUGAAAGCCGUGCUGAUCAAAUAUGGACGUACCUUGAUGGAACUCAGUUCAGAACAGUUGAAUGGUGAACGCAAGGUGACCUACCACGAGAGCUGGAGAUUAGCUCCUCCCUUGUACGCCCCGGCCACAUACGAGGUUCCCUGUGUCUUCGUUGAGCCCGACAAGACCAGCUAUGGGUGGCGCCAAGUACCACCCAGUGUUGGGGAAAAGAUGGAUCGCGUAUUCCAUCCUAUUGGGUUGGCAAAGGCCUUCUACCACGGCGUAGAGGAAUUUGUCUGGGCUUCGUACCUGAUUACCAGGGCCCGACUCGUGGAUCAAAUCAAUUCAUUGACCGGAACCGAGAGACCUCCCAGCAUACCUCAGGCGGCCUUGUCCGAGGACGAGAAGGCUUUGAAGCGGCUGGCAAUUGGGCGCGUCCCAGAGGACACCAAAGAAUCCUUCCUUCCUUUCCUACGUGGCGAGUACGGCGAACAUGAGUCACGGAGAGCGUAUCGUAACCUGGUCAAGACGAUGACCUACCAAGGCGCAAUCGAGUCAGCAUGCGCUGUGUUUCAGGCUCAUUGGAUCCAAGGGCAGGAGAGGUCGAUGCAAGCGCACUCGCGAAACAGUGUCAUCCUGAGGGGGAACAUUGCCUUUGUCGGUGACAGGGGCACUCUUUUCAUGCACGCUGUGGCAGUCUACUCGCCAGAGACCAAUUCGCUCGUCGGUCAACCUAUCAUCAAGGACCUGUAUCUGUCACCGAACAUGGAGAAGUGGGUACAGCGGGAGACGCCUGAAGUGGCCGUCGAGGGAGCGACAUCUCAGGAUGAAGAGAAGCAGCAAAAAAAGGGGGAAGCCGGAGACGCCUGGGAACAACCAUCACAGCGAGAAGACACAUCGAGGACGGAGAAGCCCCCAACUGAUGAGAAUCAAGAGGAGGACCGAGAAAAAUAA